GAAUUGAAGAAAUUGCUUAUACAAAAGUAUAUUAUAUAAAAUUUCUUUUAGAUAAAGCGAAUAGUAACCUACCAAAAAUUGUGUAUAUGUAAAGGCGCGUUUAGAUUAAAUGAGUGAUUCCACUGAAAUCUGUUGAGCUCUCGAUCUAAAUGGCAAAUACUCAUACUUCCCUUACUUCGGCAAAAUUCAAAUUUACACAAACUUUCUUCCAUCGAUAUAUAAGUAGAUAUUCAUCGAAUCGAUGUUCAACAUAAACGAAUAUUCGAACAAUGAGAAACUUAUUAAUUUGAUGCGAUUCAACAUAUGUAAUUUGUAUAUAUUUACUGAGAAUGUCACUUUGAUUUUUGAUUGACAUUUAAAUUUUUGUAAUUGCAUUAUUGUACGUUAGAGAUCGCAGUAAAAGAAAAAUGUCUGGUUGCGCGGCAACCAGCUUAAAAUUCUAAACACUUUAACGCAAGUUAAUCGGCUUCUUUUAGUAAUUAAAUAAAUCAACUUGUGCAACUUACGUAAAAUACUCUGUAAGAAAAUGAUUGACGAGGAUGUUCCUACAAUACUUCAAGAAUUUGUACAACCUCGUGUAAUAAGCCAAGAUAUGCUUAUGAAUUUAAUAAUUGAUCAAGGACCAAAAGGAGAAGCCGGUAAACUAUUUUACGAAGAUGGGAUCAAAUUCGAUGAAACGAAAGAAAUUCGAAUUGAAUUUCUUAAUAUUUUGAAAAUUGAUCAUCUGUGGGUAGUACCAAAUCUUGUAAAAUUAAAAUUGUCUAACAAUAUAAUUGAGAAAAUAGAAAAUCUAGAUUAUCUUGUUAAUUUGAAAGAAUUAGAUCUUUCUUUCAAUCGUAUUAGUAUAAUUGAAAAUCUACAUAAUCUAACAAAACUGGAAAUAUUACUUCUAUUUAAUAAUGAAAUUAGUACUGUACAAGGCAUAGAUAGUUUAUUCAAUCUUACAAUUUUUAGCAUUGGUAAUAAUGUUAUAACAGAUUGGGAUCAUGUAAUGUAUUUAAGAAAGUUUAAAAAGUUACAGAGCUUAAAUAUGCAUGGGAAUCCCUGCACUGAAAAAGAUGGAUAUUUGGAAUAUGUAUUUGCAUUUAUACCUCAAUUAAUUUACUAUCAAUACAAAAUGAUAACUAAUGAACAGCGAGAUGCAGCAAUAGAGAAACAUUAUAGAGCUUUAUGUACUUUGCAAGAGAAGGAAGCAAAAGAAGAUGAAGAAUUACUUGCACAAAAACAAUAUGAAGAGAAGUUAGCUUAUCAUACCAGUGCAUUUGUAGAAUAUCUUGAUGGUGAACUUUUUUAUCAAAUGUUUGCAGAUGACAAAGAGGGCAAAGAUCUCAGUAUGGUAAAUGAAGAUACGCAAAAUGCUUAUGAAGAAUAUAAGAUAAACUUUACUGCUAUCAGUCAAGAACUUUGUGAAAUAGGUUUAGCAGAAAAUGAAAAACGAAAAAAUGAAAUAGAUAUUUUUACAGAUUGUGUAAAUAAAGGUAAAACUGCAUCACAGGAUCGAGGCAGAGUAAUUGUAAAUGGAGUAUUAGAAAAGAAAAGCAACAUUUUAUCAACUAUUAAGCAAUUGUUGAAGAAAUUAGUUGGUGAUGUAGAUAGUGCUACACUUGAUGAUAUAACUCAAAAAGCACAUCAACUUUCUGAAGAUUUUAAUGAUAUGGUAAUUGAUGCAUGGACAAAAUUAAUGUCUAUUGAAGUAGAAUUACAUGAACAGAUGGAGGACGUAAAUGAAGUGCUCAGAAUUAAUCUUAGUGACAUGGUGGAUGCAUUUCUACAAUCUAUACGUGGAUACUUUUCACAAUUACGAAAUUCCGAAUCAGAAUAUCAUGAUACUAUUAAUGGGGUGAUUUUGUAUUUCCUUAGUGGGUUGGAUGACGAUGCAAAAGUACCAGUUCAUAUGUUAAAUUUAUGCGAAGAUAAAGAUACUUUGAAUUACAAUCUUACUAAUUCUCAUGAGAAACAUUUGCAAGUACUAGAUGCUCGAGAAGAUCUUAUGUUAAAUCGGAUAAGAAAUUGGCUUGAGGAAUAUUCUGGGCAGUUAGUAAAGAAUGAAAAUGAGAGAAAUAAUCAUCAGAUAUUAGAAAUAUCACAUUUUGCGGAUUCUCAACAACAAGAAUUUUUGCAUUUAUUACAACAAUUAAAUUUAAAUGUGGAUGACUCAGAAGUUAUUUUAGCUCUUGGGAGUGAAAUAAUUUAGGAAAUAAAUGUAAGAGUAAGCA